AUGGGGCAUCACUCGUGCUGUAACAAACAGAAAGUUAAGAGAGGCCUGUGGUCUCCUGAGGAAGAUGAAAAACUCAUCAGCUACAUUUCGACGUAUGGCCAUGGUUGCUGGAGCUCAGUUCCUAAACUUGCAGGUCUGCAGAGAUGUGGAAAGAGCUGCAGAUUAAGAUGGAUAAAUUAUCUCAGACCUGACCUAAAACGUGGAAGCUUCUCUCCUCAAGAAGCAGCACUCAUCGUCGAACUCCAUAGUAUUCUAGGCAACAGAUGGGCACAGAUAGCUAAGCACCUACCAGGAAGAACAGAUAAUGAGGUGAAAAACUUUUGGAAUUCAAGUAUCAAGAAGAAGCUCAUGAUCUCUCAUGAUCACGUUCCAACUUUAGCCACCUUCAAUAACCAUAGUGUCCACAAUUCGAGUGUUCCUGAGGAAGCUUUCUUCUCUCUGAAUGCAAACCCUAAUCUGAUCCUGAAUGCCCAUCAUCAUGAUCAUCAGCUCUACCUUCCCUCGCCAACUUCAAUGCUGCAAAGUUUUGGCCAUGGAGAUUUCAAAUUGAACCAACCCAAUAAUUACAAUGUUGAUCUGCCUCAUUUGUCACCUGCAGCCCCCUUAAUCCCACCACCUCUAAAUGAUAAUUCUUCUUCAUAUGACCCGGCAUGGUCAUUGCCUUACCUUCCUAAACACAUCGAUCCAAACCAAGAAGAUCAUCAUCAAAUUUUGAGCAAUGGGGCAGGUCUACAAUAUAUUGGAGAGAAAGAUGUCACUCAUGAUCAGAGUAUCAUUAAUGCAGCAAUGUCUUAUGACAAUCAAGCUAUGGUGGUUUCUAUGAUGCCAAAACUUUGUGAGAUCAUUGAAGGAAACAUUUGUUGCAUGCCACCUUCAUCUGAUUCACAGGACAUAGUUCAUGACCCACUUGCUAGACUUUCAAGUCUCCCAUCUGGGCCGUAUCCAGUACAUGAAGUGGCAACCAGUCAGUUGGAGUCAAUCGAUGCCAUCAUGUCAUCACUGCCAGCAUCCUCAUCCUCAUCAUCACGAUCGCCAUUUUUAAGUGGUCAAUUUUUUGGAGACCCCCAUCUUCCUUCUAGCUGGGAUGCCUAG